AAAGCCUCAAAGAAUUAACAAAAUCCUAACUGCUGUAAAACCCUUGAUUCCAUUCAAAUCGAACCCAAAAAAGGUUAAUUGAAGAAGAAAACACAAACAAUUUUGAUCUUCAAUGGGGUUUUUCAGAAGCACAUUUUCGUUUGCUAUGGGUACGGGUUUGGGUAUCUACUUGGCCCAAAACUACAACGUUCCCAAUAUCCAGAAGCUCGUCAACACUGGAGUUGUUAUCGCCAAGCAUUUUGAAGAGAAUUAUCGCAAACCGAAGAAGAGGGACGAUGAUAAUUAGUACCGGUUCGUUACGGCGUCGUUUGGUCAUUCACCACGUGCUUAGUG